AUGUCUUCAGAAGUAGAAGAAAUGUCUGCAAACAGUAUCAAAUUGCUGGCUGGUAAUUCCCAUCCAGAGUUGGCGGAAGCCAUUUCCAGAAGAUUGGGCAUUCAACUGUCAAAAGUAGGUGUUUAUCAGUAUUCUAACAAAGAAACUUCGGUAACUAUCGGUGAAAGUAUCAGAGAUGAGGACGUUUACAUCAUACAAACAGGAACCGGUCAGCAAGAGAUCAAUGAUUUUUUAAUGGAAUUACUUAUAAUGAUCCACGCAUGUAAAGUGGCAUCAGUAAGAAGAGUGACUGCAGUGAUCCCCAAUUUCCCCUAUGCAAGACAAGAUAAAAAAGAUAAAUCAAGAGCACCUAUAACGGCGAAAUUGGUUGCCAACCUUCUACAAACUGCAGGCUGUGAUCAUGUUAUUACAAUGGAUCUGCAUGCUUCACAGAUUCAAGGGUUUUUCCGCAUCCCAGUGGAUAAUCUUUAUGCAGAACCUUCAAUUUUGAACUACAUUAAAACAAAGACCGAUUUGAAAAAUGCGAUCCUAGUGUCACCAGAUGCAGGUGGUGCCAAAAGAGUAGCCGCUCUAGCGGAUAAACUGGAUUUGUAUUUUGCAUUGAUUCACAAGGAAAGACAAAAGGCGAACGAAGUUUCUAGGAUGGUUUUGGUCGGUGACGUGAAAGGUAAAUCUUGUCUACUGAUCGAUGACAUGGCUGAUACUUGCGGAACCUUAGUGAAAGCCACCAGCACACUCAUGGAUCAUGGUGCUAAAGAAGUCAUUGCCAUCGUGAGUCACGGUAUUUUUUCUGGUGAUGCUAGAGAGAAGCUAAAGAAUUCAAGAUUAUCGAGGAUCGUUUCUACAAAUACCGUUCCAGUAGAUCUAGAUUCGGACAUUUAUGAUCAAAUAGACAUUAGCCCAACCUUAGCAGAAGCUAUUAGAAGGUUGCACAACGGUGAAUCCGUGUCCUACUUAUUUGCCAAUGCUCCUGUGUAA